UGGGGGGGUGGAAGUGGUUGGGGUUUGUUUACCCCGCCCACCUGUCUGCCGUAUAAUAACUGCUUUCAGACGGCAGCAGUGGCACAGCAGCAGCCUCCUCAGAGAGGCACAAUACUGCCUUUUCAUUGAAUAUGGAUGCCAACAUUGUUGUUAUGGGGAUGGAGAGCGUUGGGAAAUCAGCGCUGACUGUCCGCCUGUUAACUCGGAGAUUCAUUGGAGAGUAUGGAGAUAUUGAAUCAAUCUACAGUCACAGCUUCAUAGUAGAUGGGAGGGCGGUCACUCUCAAUAUUUGGGAUUCACAUUAUUUUCAGGAUUUCUCUGCAGACUCGUCACUCUUUGAGAAGAAGGUGCGGUGGGCCGAUGGCUUUGUUCUGGUCUACAGCAUCUGCGACAGGGCCAGUUUCAACACAGUUAGCAGGCUCAUUCAGACUAUCAAAUCCACCAAGGACUGCCUGAGUGCAGACAAAGUACCCAUAGUGAUUGUGGGUAACAAAAGGGACCUGCACCACAGACGGACAGUGACGAGCGAAGAGGGCCGGCUGCUGGCUCUCAACACAGACUGCCAGUUCUAUGAGGUGUCGGCCGCCGAGAACUACCACAGUGUACUCAUGGUCUUUCACGGCCUGGUGGACAGAUUGAAGGAUGCCAAGCUAACCACGAAGAAGCCUCUAAGGUUGAAGGGCAUAGUGAAAAGCAUGUCUGCAGUGUUUGCCAGGAGACGGACUGAGUCGUUUUAGUAGAAAUGUGACAAAAGAAGAGGAGACUCCAUCAGGUGGAUAUCUGUCAGUGAAACAUUACCACGUGUCGCAUGUGUUUUAAAAAAAACUCUAAAAAGGUAAAAGCUGUUAUGCUUCAGAGAACAUGGGCACAAAACAAUUUCACAGAGGUUACAGAUGCUUUCUGCACUUUAACUGCACUUAAGUUAACAUAGUGUCAUUCUUCAUCCAGCCUCUUGCCAUUUAAAAUCCAAAAGUGUGCAGCGAUGUAUGAAUUGUGUUUGCAGUGUAUGUGUGUUUUACAAGAGUUUUUCAGAUGUGGCUUCAGAUCCAAAGAAAUUCUAUGCACAAACUAAAUGUGCCUUUACUUAUUAUGUAUAUGCCAAAGAUCAUUUCUCUUGAUUAGAGUGAAAGUUUCUUCUCCCAAAAAAAGUGGCUGAAAAGUGCUAAAUCCGUUAAUUAAUUCUUGGAAGUGAGGCGUAAUAUUUCUAUUUAUUCAAGUCUAAACACUGUAAACGAACAACUGAAUAAAGUGUUUUUUGUCAAAGUGUUUUAUAUCUUUAUGUUUGGUUGUUUGACUGUAAGUCAGUCCCUGAAAUAUACUGUUUGUAUGAAGUUAUAAGAAUUUUAAAUAAACCAU